AUGAAGUCACUCCUCUUCAGCCGCUUCUUCAUCCUCCUGCCCUGGGUACUCAUCGUCAUCAUCAUGAUCGACGUGGAUCCCCGCCGGCCCGCGCCCCACCUAGGUCCGCACCCUCACUUCUCCCCUUACUCGGCCGGCCGCUGGGGCGCAGCUCAGCGCGCGGGCGCCCCGCGGCCCCCACUGCUCAUUCGGGACAGCAGCCCCGACGGCGGCCCCCAGCGGGGCGCAGAGCCUGCACGCAAUCGCUCACAGCCACCUCCGCCACCGACGCCGCUGCCCACCAUCUAUGCCAUCACCCCCACCUAUAGCCGCCCGGUACAGAAAGCGGAGCUCACGCGGCUGGCCAACACCUUCCGGCAGGUGGCGCAACUGCACUGGAUCCUGGUGGAGGACGCGGCCGGACGCAGCGAGUUGGUGAGCCGCUUCUUGGCCCGAGCGGGGCUUCCCAGCACCCACCUGCACGUGCCCACGCCUCGGCGCUACAAGCGGCCCGGCCUGCCCCGGGCGACGGAGCAGCGCAAUGCCGGCCUCGCAUGGCUGCGCCAGACGCACCAGCACGAGCCUCAGCGACCGCAGCCUGGCGUACUCUUCUUCGCCGACGAUGACAAUACUUACAGUCUGGAGCUGUUCCAGGAGAUGCGUACAACACGAAAGGUCUCUGUCUGGCCAGUGGGCCUCGUCGGUGGACGGCGUUAUGAACGCCCUUUGGUGGAAAAUGGAAAAGUCGUGGGCUGGUACACUGGCUGGAGAGCUGAUAGGCCAUUUGCCAUAGACAUGGCAGGGUUUGCUGUGAGCCUUCAAGUGAUUUUGUCCAAUCCAAAAGCUGUAUUUAAGCGCCGUGGGUCCCAGCCAGGGAUGCAAGAAUCUGAUUUUCUAAAACAGAUAACAACAGUUGAGGAACUGGAACCAAAAGCAAACAACUGCACCAAGGUUCUGGUAUGGCACACUAGAACAGAAAAGGUCAACCUAGCUAAUGAGCCAAAGUACCACCUGGACACUGUUAAAAUCGAGGUCUAA